AUGGCAACCCUUUCAGACAAUUACCAAUUCGCCUCAGAGCCUCGCACAAUACAAGCUCCUAAAUCAAAAUACCGAGAGCCUGAGCCUCUUCCGCCCCCAGCAAAUAUCAUGUAUGACCGCCGCAUUGUUCGUGGAAAUACCUAUGCAGCCAUGAUAAUCCCCGCAUCAACCCAACAAGAAAUCGAGCGUCAACAAGAAAUGGAACGAAAUCGACGUCGCAGAGAAAAAGAAAGAAAGCAGGAGCUUGAAGAACAGGAAAGAGAAGAAUCCCAAAAAGUUGAAGAAGACAUAAUAGAAACUGAGCAAAAACCUAUCGAGGUUGAAGAAAAUUUAUUGGAAUCCUUAGAAACUCCACCUAAUGCAAACAAUGCUACACAAUUUGAAUUUUUCGUCGAUCGCCCUCCUACUCCUUUGUUUAUCGAAAACAAGAAAGGAAUAAAUAAAAAAACCCAAAUAGAAGACGGCGAACUGUUUGAAUUCGACACUGAGGUAGAGCCAAUCUUAGAAGUUAUAGUAGCCAAAUCAUUAGAGCAUGCUAGAAUGGAAAUUCUUGAAGAAUUUGAAACUGAUAUUAUGAUAAAGCAUAGAAGAGAAUUCGAACAAAUAAGAAAUGCUGAGCUCUUAGAAAUUCAAAGAGUUGAAGCUGAAGAUAUCAGAAGAGAAGAAGAAUCAGCCCGUCGACAGCUUCAAAUCAAAGUCAGACGUGAGCAAAUGCAAACAGCCCAUCAAAAAUAUAUAGCAAGAAUUGUAGCCAAACGCUAUUUACGAACCUUAAAUAGAGAUGCAGAAACUGACCUUAUGAAUGUGGGAACUUUUAGCAACCCACAAUCAGCAGCAAUGCAUGACCAAUUUAGUCCUUGGCUUAUAGAGAGAAUAAUCUCAAUUUUAAACAAAAAAUCAGGAACUGAAGAGUUUUUGGAUAAUAUUUUAAUGCAAGCCAGCCGUGACCUGACGCAUUCCCACUCACAAGCUGUGACCUCAGAAUACGCAAGAAGAGAAAGAUUAAGACAAGAACAAAUUAAACUUCAAAAAGAGACUGAAGAAAGAAAGAAAAAAAGAGCCGAACUUAGAGCUAAAAGAGCAGCAGAACAGAGAAGAUUGGAAUUUAAAAAUAGAAUUGAAGAAGAAGUGAUUGCUCAUGGAAUUACUGAAGAAGGAAUAACAAAGCAUAUACUGCAUGAUAUUGAUGGAAGAUAUGCGGAACAUAUUAUUGGGACUCCAGGAGGACAAUUUGGGGAGUUAUUGCUAUUUUUUUCAUCAUUGGAAGAAGUGCUUGGAAAAGAGCUAACCCAUGAAGAAAUUACAGCGCUAUUGCAAGACUAUAUUAUGAAUUGUAUGAAAGCUCCAGCAUUAGUAUAUCAAAAUAUCAAAGCUCAGCAUUUUCAGGAGUAUUUACAAUUUGUUGAAAAUUUAGAACACUCAAUGGAAGAGCCAUCACAUGCUGAAGAAAAUCAUAAGGAUGAAUCUUUAGAAAACCCUUCACAAGAUGCAGAAAAUGCAGACCCUGAGAGCCCUUCAAAAGUUCCUCAGGAAGUUCAAAGUCCUUCUAAGAUUAUCCAAGAAGCCCCCGCAAAGCCUCAAGAGCCGCAAGGUCCUAAAGAAACUCAGCUUAAACUACUGGAAAUCCUCACUUAUGCUGACUUUGCAGUUCCUAGGACCUCUUUAAGCUUAAUUUGGCAAGCUCCUCAUGAGCAUGGGAUCAGAGAUUCCCUUUAUGAAGCUCUUGUUGCUGCCUUUGUUUCUCUAUAUUUUUCAAAGGACAAAGAAGAUGGGACAAACCCCAUCAAAGAAAAGCUGAAAAUUGAACCUUUAAAUUGGCUUGAUGAAGGCCAUGAAACUGCUGUGGUCAGAAUCAGAAUUCCACUAAAGCAUGAAGAAUCAAUAGAAGCUGAAGAAAAAUCGUCUGAUGCCCAUGGACCUCAUGAAAUUGAUAUAAUUGAAGACAGGAUUUUACUAAUUCAGCCUCAUAAUGAAGAUUUAUCACUAUUUGUUGUACAUCAAGCUGCACAAAGAUUCUUCAGAAAUGAGCUAUUGGCGUGAAUCAAGAAUGUGAAAGCGUAUGAUGGGCUUGAUUUGGAAAGAUUGAGAACAACACUAGAUGCAAAUGCCCAGAUUAAUGAAGAGAAACUCCUUGAUGUGAUGGCUCAUGAUUUGCCAGUCUUUGAUUUUGAAAUAAACUAA